AUGGUUGGCUAUGCAUCUGGGGAAGGGCGGCAGCUGCGGGUGUUCAGCACCAGCUUUGCGGCCUGCUCACACCAAGAGAGGCCACUGUUGUGUGACUUCCUCCAAGCACAGGUAGCUGCAGGAGCCAGUGAGGCAGGCGUGCGGCGGGUGCAGGGACUGGAGCGGAGGAUCUCGGCUCUGCAAGCAAGCCUUGGGGAGAAGGAGCUGGAGCUCUCGAGGCUGCGCCAGACCAUCUCUGCCUUGGAGGCUGAAAAGGCGUCUUGGAGCGUCACUGCGGAGAGCCUGGCAGAAGAGCACAAGAAGCAGCUGGGCUCGUUGCAGCAACAGAAGGAGGAAGAACUUACGCAGCUGCGGGAAGAGUUGGAGGGCAAAAAGCAGCAAGCCCUGCGAGAGCUUGCAGAGAGCCUGAAGCAGGCAAAUGCCAGAGCCCUCCAGGAACAAGUGGCCAAAUUUCAGAAAGAAACAGAAGACCUUCGCGAGACCAUAAAGGAGCGAAAUGCUGAAAUUGCCCAGCAGCGGAAAGCUAUGGAACAGCAAGCCAAGGAGCUAAAGCAGGAAGCUCAGGAAAUGGCUCAGAACUCGCUGCUCCAGGAACGGAAGAGCCGGGAGGCCGAGACGAGGGCCGCCCUCCAGAUGCAGCGCAAGGCCCUGGAGGAGCAGGAGCGGAAGACGCGGGGCAAACUCCAGGAAGCCCUGGAGAAGGAGAGGAAACUCAGCCUGGCCUUGCAGGACGAAGCAGCCGACCUCCGCAAGAGGAUCCAGGUGUUGGAGGGCGAGGCUCGGGAGAAGAAGGGGGCCAUGGAAGACCUCCGGGCUCUGCUGCAGGCAGAGAAGGCAGAAACCCUGAAGAGGCUGCGAGAGGAACUGGAGUUGGAAAAGCUUCGGGAGAAGGAAAAGUGGCAAAUGCAGUUGCAGCGGAUGGAGGAAGAGCAGCGCCUCCUGCUGGCCGAGCAGCGCAAGGCGUCCCAGGCACAGAGUGCAAGGGCUGACGGCUCUCUGGCCAGGGAGGUUGCCUUAGCAUGCCAGAGACUCCGGGACCUGCUACCCCAAAAGGCCGGCCUGCCCCAGACGCUGCAAGGGAAGCCAGCCCUCCUCUCCUCCAGCCAUGCCCUCCGCGCCUUGCAAGAGGUGACAGAAGAAACUCAACGCUACCUUCGAGAACUAAAGCACGAGGCAGAGGCACAGAGACACCAGGCCCUUCAGAUCCAGAGGAAGAAGGAGCGGGAGCUGAGGCAACAGCAGGAGAAGCUUCACCUGGAGAACCAGUCGGCUCUAGACACUCUGAAGGAGAAACUAGUCCAGGACCACCUGGAAGACAUUGCCACCUUGCAGAGCAGCUGGGUGAAGGAGACAGCGGGCAAGGAAGACGCAUCGCUGCGCCAGCAGCUGCAGAAGGACGACGAGCAGCAAAGCCAGAUAAAUGUGGCCUCUUGGAAGGGCAGGACAUCCUGCCAGCUGGCCAGUGAGUUUAAGGAGGAGCUGGAGGCGGAGGUGGAGAGGCGCCUGUCCAGGGACAAGCCCGUGGAUUUUCACAGGCACCUGGAGGCAUCCGGUUCGGAAUUCAGACAGUUCUGCAUGGGCCGAAAUGAAUACCUGCAGCCCGGCCCACUCUGUUCUCUAGCGCUGAAAGCAGACCCUUUCUCCAGCCAGCGGCUCUUCAGCACCCCAAGGCUGCUGCAGCACCUGCAGAGACGAAUCCGAGAACUGAGGGCAGAGAAUGCCAUGUAUUGCAGAGGCAACGCAAGUAGCUGUGGCCAUCUGCGGGGGGAUCUCGCCUACAGAAGCAAGAGGCACCUGACAUCGGAGCUCUCCUCCUCUCAGCUGCACAGUAAGAGCAGCUGGAAGUAGGUUCGAGUGGGAUGGAGGAGGAGUCACAACAGCGAGGAAGUCGGAAAAGCUUCACCCAGUAAUGGUGCUUUGUGCGGAGUACAGCAGAGGAAGGAAUAACCAUGACCGGAAGAGAUUUCAAAGCCGCUGGUUUGAGGACAUCACAAGAGCUCUGAAGCUGGAGGUCCAACUCGCCCAGCAUCUUGUUCUCACACUGGGCAACUAGAUGUCUCUGGUGGACAGUUAGAUGUCUCUGGGAAGCCUAAAAGCCGGACCAGAGAUAUUAGUCUCUUGCAGCAAAGAAUCCUGUAGCACUUUAAAGACUAACACACGUAUUCUUGCACAAACUUUCAUAGGCUAUAGACUGCUCCGCAAACACAUGUGCCAUCUACAAGUAGUACAGUAGUACCUCUACUUACGAAUGUUUCUACUUAUGAAUGUUACUACUUACGAACGGAGCUUUGUCCGCCAUCUUGGAUGUGGUUUAGAUAGGGUUUUUUCUACUUACGAAUUUUUAGAUAGGGUUGCUUCUACUUACGAAUUUUUUCUCCCAAUGCAUUCCUAUGGGAUUUGGCUUACAAUUAUUUUCGACUUACAAAUGUGCGUUCGGAACGCAUUAAAUUCGCAAGUAGAGGUACCACUGUAAAUUCCUUUUUAUAAUACUAAACAGAGCGCCAGCGUGGUACAGUGGUUAGUGUCAGACCUGGGAGAACCAAGGAUUUUAAUCCCUGCUGACCCAUGAACCUCCCUGCCUAUCACUAACUCUCAAGCUAACCUACCUCACAGGGUUGUUGUGAGGGAAAAAAUGGGGGGGGGGUCAAAGCGUUCACGCAGCACUGAGGUCCUUUGAAGAAAGGUGGGAUAUAAAUGUAACAUAAAAUGAUGCGAUAGGGAACUUUUUUUAAAAAAAUAAAAAGUGCUGAGUUUGGGCAGCCGUUUGCGGCUAAUCUGGUCAGUCGUGUGAUUGUGGCUAUAAUUGUGCUAUGACUCUUUCGUAGCAGGGCAGAGGUUUAAAGGGAAGAGUAGCUAUUGUACCUUUGGGGGGGGGGGAAAUGGCAACCAAGAAUGGCAAAGGGUCCCUAAAAUAUUCCUAGCAAGUGGUGAUAAAUUUGUCAGAAUAAGCCUUUAUCUUUUUUUUAAAAAAAGGAUUUCUAAUCAAAUUUUUGAAAUGGAAGUAAAAGUUCAAAUUGAUGAUGCUGAACAA